ACCUAAUCAGACGCAAACAGACGCGCGUUCGCGUGAGUUCCGGGCGCGCUGGCGCGCGCGCACACGCUGUUGAAAAGGCGCCGCCGCCGCGUCCGCCGGCUUUACUGUCAAGAGACGCCGACCGGAGACCCGCAGCGCGACUCCUCCGUACGGACUUGACCGCCGUCGUUUAUCCCGCUGCUCGCCGACAAGCCUCCUCAGUCUACGCGCGUUGUUUGUGCUUCCAGUCGGUGAAACGCGUUGGAGCCUCGCAUCUUGGACGGGGAGCUCGGGGUUUUGUUUUUUUAUAUGCCGGUGACUUGGCCGUAACGGAGACCUGGACGGACGAGAUUCCCCGCCGACUUGACGUGCGGGUGUUUUGCCGAAUUCCGUUUUUAAUCCGUCUCUCUUAACCGACGGCCGGACGACUCGAAUACACCCCGUUUUUCCGCCUCUCCGGUCGGCUUCUGCGCACCGCGUUGUCGGGACUUCAGGAGUUUGGAUUCGUGCUCACUUGACGUCGUCUGCAUGAAACUGCGGCCAGAUAAGAGUGGUGGAUGCAACUACAUUCCAUUUGUUGGCGAAAGGUGGAUGAGCGGGAGAAGGUCUGAAAAGGACCAACUCACCACUCCAAAUUGCACCUCGGCUGCUCCAAAACCCAUCCUUGACUGUGUCCUCAGGCCCACCAUGUCUCUCAAUACUUUCCACCUCAUGCAGACCCUCAAGAACUCACCUGCUGCGUUUCGCCGCCGCUUCCGGCGCGACCGCACGGAGUCGCUGUCGCACGGCGACCCACUCUUCAAAGUUCAUUACCUGGGCACGGAGAAAAUCUUCUCUUUGGACCGCGAGCAAGCUCAAGACGCCAUAGCACGCCUGCUAGAGAGCGCAGCUAAUGGGAAGAAGCUGGGUAAAGACCACGCCCUGGUGGUGCGGCCGAGAUACGUGGAGGUCAAGGAGCUGAGUACCGGCAGGCAGCUCACCAAGACCUACCUGCAGGACAUUGCGUACUGCGCCGCGGAUGCCAACCGACCCAACGUCUUCCUCUACAUCUGCAAGCAUCAUGGGCAGCAGCUUCAGUGCCGGGUGUUUUGGUGCAGUCGGGCGGAGCGGGCACGGGACAUGACUGCUUGUCUUGCACAUUCCUUUCAGCGGGCACUGAGUGACUGGCAGCAGGAUGGCUCAGCGACACUCCCACCGGGUGAGAUGAGGGUGAAAGGCGUUGAGGAAAUGCCCAAAACCCCUACGACAGCAAAGAGCAGCACACUACCUGCAAGCCUGGGGAAAGGUGAGCUGGCUUCAUGGAUCACAAAAUGUCCGCUGGAAGAAGAGGGGCUCUGUGUCUCAUAGCCCCAUCCGAGCCAUCUCCAGGAGAGGAUCCUCCUCUGACAGCUGGAAUUGAAACCCCUCAAACAUGGGAGCAAAUUUUAAACCGAAGAGGACCCCGCGACACUGGAGGGGAGGGAAUGUUGAGAAGAAAGGAGGGACGAACCAAAGGGUUGAAAUGAUAGUGGGUCCUUAUUGGGACGAGUGGGAACUGUGCUUUUUUUUGAAAGGCUGUUUCCGUAAACAGGGGCUUGAGAGUUUUGAAAGUUAAGGACAUUAGCUGUUGACUCAUGCAGGAUUACAACACAAUGCAUUCGGCCCGUGACAUGAGGGGCUGUUAACAGCUGCUAUUGUUCAACCUGUCGACAGCCCUUGAGGACUUGUUAUUGUGACUGGCUUUGGGUCAUUUCCAAAACGUGACAGGCCCUGUUCUUCAGUUCAAUGAGUCUUCAAGACACUAAAUUAUUUGUCCUGUCAGUGAGGCAGGUGACUUUUAGCUACUUACGGUGCCAGACAAAACCACAGCUAUUAAAAUGACAAAACUGGAUAAUGACCAAGCUGACUUUGAAAAGCUGUUCUGUUAAACCUGUUGACAUUUCUGACAAGUCACGUUUGUUUCCUGGGGUGGGAGGAACCACCUCUCCCUUAUUUAUCUGGCAUGUUUUCUGACAGGCUCGUGAAUGCUACCUUUUUGUAAGCUUGUGCUAAAACUGACAGUUGUUUGUCUACGCCAGAGUCACAUGUUAGAGGAUUUCAAGAACGUGGCAGGUGUAUUUUAGAACGUGCUAUGUUAAAGAAAGGUGGAGAUGAAAACUUGGCGUUUUGUCCCAAUUUCAGUUGAUCGGGUCACCAGUACUCUAGUUGUUUUCUAAUGCACAGAAACACAUAAAAGUUACUUUGAGGACUCUCCUGAAUCACUUCAUUCUUCUUCUUCCAGCAGCACCACUCCACCCAUGUAGGCAAAACACAUUGCGUCACACAGUUCCCGGUUGACUAUCGACACAAGAUCCUAUUUUUGGUGUUCAUAUGGCUCUCGAAUUGUGAGUUCUGCUUUUAUUACAGUGUUCUCCAAGUAUCCACAGCUUCCAUGACUGACUCACUGAGCCUCUCCACUGCAAACCCUUCUUUUUUUUCUUUUUUCUCACUGACCUUGAUAGACGGGCACAAGUCAAAUUAACCCAUGUGCAACCUAAAUCCUCCGUAAAGCACUAAGGGAGCAUCCUGUAAAAAAAACAGGUUUGUUCAGUGAUGGCCAAAAUCCAUCCAUCCAUCCAUUAAGGUGGAAAAUCAUGGAUGUUUUGCUAUAAAACUUGGGAGUACUGUUCCCAUGUGGGGCCAUAGUCGGAGUGCAUGGCCAUGUACCUGCAUUCACACACGAUCUUGUCUCUUCCUCAAACCCCAACCUCCCCCUUUUUAAUUUUCCCCUCGCACCUGUUCAUCCUUUACUUCGAAUUUGCAUAUUUAGUUGCAUUAGCAUCUACCAGUACACACAGGCUCUUUUUUUUUUUGUAUACACACACACACACAGGGCCCCUUUCCACAUCACCACUGCAUGCCACGAGGGGAUCACAUUACCAGAGCCAUAAAAGGCACCUCACUUGUUUUUAAGUAUAUUUUAACUUAGUCACGGGGCGGCUAAUGACGUCUGUAAUGAUGUCUGUGGUUUACAAACCUUCCAAAGGGAGACUGAAGGAUGAAGGUUGCACCUAGAUGAUGAUCAGGUGUUCAGGGACACAUUGUGACCAAUGGAAAGCUAUUGACGUUGCCUUUUUUUUUUAACGUCAUAACUGACACAUCACUUUCAUGUGUUUUUGAUUUUUAAUUUUGAACUGUGUACUCGUGUAUUUCAAACUACAAACGGCACGGUUUUUAUUUCCAUAUUGGCCCAUGUGCCGCCUGUUUGUAUUUUAACAUCGGCGUACUGUUUUUAUGUCCUUGUGCAUAUAUUUAAAUAUGUAUUUUAUGAAUUAAUAAACUUUUUAUACGU